UUGUUACAAUGACGUCAUCCUGACAAGUUGAACAGGCGCACAGGAGAGAAUAAUAUAAGCCAACUAAAUGCAAUGGUUGUUGGUCGUUGAUGGCCGUCAACGUUCGUGGAAACGAUUGAUAUUUUCAUAGGCAUAUCCCCGGUAGUAAUCAAUUUAUGCAUGAUCCCUCUGUUGGUUUAUUGGAUUAUAACCUCGCCUAAGCCUUCAUUAAAGAUACAUAGAACAAUCAGCAAAUGUUGGAUAAUUGAGUUGUUGACUAUUUAGACAUGAGGAAAGCAUGAUUUCUUGAAGUGUUAGGGAUGUUAUGUUAUUGUCGAUCGUGUAGAGAGGGGAUACAUAUGUCAAUUUCUGGAUGGGGGUUAGCCUUUGCAGGAUUUCAACUUCCAUUGAAUAUUCCACGAAUAAUAAAUUGCCCCAAAAAAUUAAUAAAAAUGCUGGAGUGGGCCUAUGAAGGAGUAAAUGCCUCAAUACCACGAAACGUGGGGCCUGAGUGCGCAUUCUACUUGCCGUCCAAAUAUAAAAUAAUUGAGACACUGUCUGUGUCAGUAUUAAUUAUGUACCUUGUUAUGAAGGGCUACAGAAGCAUAAGUGUGCCAAAGAAUGUUAAGUACAUAAAUGAGGAUCCCACUGGGAGAAAAAUACUACUAGUUGCCAUGACUCUUAUUCUUGGCAUUGAAAUUGGAUUUAAGUUUUCUAGUAGGACUAUGGUCUACUUGCUCAAUCCAUGUCACAUAACCACUGCUGUGCAGUUGUACCUGUUAUCAGCAAAACCAAGUCCAAUUGUCACCGCACUCUUCAGACUGCAGCUGAAUUUUAUGAAUGGACCCAUUUUAGCGUACGUCUUCCCAGAGACGGAGUCACGAAAGAUAUUUGCUGAUAAAGCCAUGUACUACCUCCAGCAUGGAUUAAUGGUUGUUAUAUCAUAUUAUUUAUUGGGAAUUGGAGGUGCAUAUACGGUAGAACCGCUCAGGGACUUCAAUUGGUGCUUUCUAGGAUAUGGAAUUAAUCUUGCCUAUCAUUUCUGGAUUCUUCAACUCGCUGCAUUGCCAGUACAAGUCAAUCUCAGUCACAUGCUGUGUCCAGCUGUGCUGGAUCCCUUCGAAGGACAGUACUACCGUCUCUGGGCUGUAGUACAUCAGGCAUUGUUAUGCCCUCUCCUAUCAAAAUUCAUAUGUUUCUCAUCGAAUUUCUUCCUAACAAAAUUUCCGCAUCCUAGUGUAAUUAACGAACAAUCCCCCAGCAAUGGGAACAAAGCAAAAACUGAAGAGCGUCUAGGAAAAUGCAAAAAUGGCAGCCUACACGCCGAUUAAAUGCAAAAAGGCAUUAUUGAAAUUAUUAAUAUAAAUUUAUCUGGUCUUAAAUGCUACGUAAACUUCUGUGAUCAAGUAGUCUGCCUAAGUGACUUUUAGAUUCAAAGAAGAAAUACUGAGGAAUUUCACGAUACUCAAAAAUACUUGGAAUUUAUUCUAGUUCUUUUUUCUCUGUGAUUCAAUGAAUAUUUCUGUGAAUUAUAUAUUUAAAAAUAUUGAUUAUAAAUAAAGAAAACUUCGGGGGUUUCAAUUGGACGUACUUAAUCUGCUUGAAAAAUUUGUAAUCUUCAGUACAAAUGGUUUCUUUUGCAAAUUUUAUCUCUACUCAUUAGUUAUUUCAAUAUUUGAAUUUCUUCAUUCAUUUAUUAAUUGUAUUGUGUAGAUUGUUUCAAUUAGAUGUUCAAUUUGUGAAUUUCAAAUAAAUUUAUUUAUUUACAUAUAAUACAUAUCUAUUGAAUUAUAUAUACGGUGAAUUUAUGUAAUUAUGUGUUUAAUCAAAAAAUAAUAAUGAGUGCAUUUUUCCCGAAACCAGUUGAACGACUAUGUACACUGAAUUUGUACAAAAAAUGAAAGAAUUGUGAUUGAGAUGUGGACAUUUUUUUUUAAAGGCUCCAUUACGGAAUUACUGACUAUUUACAUGACAUUUAUUUUUUAUGGCAAUGAUUGUGAAUACUCCAUGGCAAGGUUUAAGUGUUUUCUUAAUCGCCGUUAUUAAUAAUGUAAAAAUUGUGGUUAUCUGUAAAUAUUAAUGAAACCGAUGGCAUGAAAAAUUAUUAUUGAGAAGAAUAAAAAAAUUAGAUAAUUACUGAAGA